AUGGUUGGCGCAGGUGUAAAAGGAAAAACCUCGAUGCUUGCUAGGGUAUCAAUCAUAAACUAUCAUGGGGAAACCUUAAUAGAUAAAUUUGUUAAACCCACCGAAGAAGUUACGGAUUAUCGUACUCAAUUUAGUGGGAUUACCCCACACUUACUGGAAAAUGGCGAGUUGUCUUCUAAUCUAAGAUUGAUUGGAUAUAAUUUUUAUGAAAUAAGAAAGGAAGUUAAAAAAUUAAUACGAAGAAAAACCGUUGUCGGACAAUCAUUACAUUUCGAUUUUCGAGCUUUAAAAGCAUGGCAUCCAAAACAUUUAAUUCGUGAUACGCAAAAUUAUAAUAUGGUUUUUGGCACCAAUCAGAAGACGACAACAUCAUUAAAGAAAUUGGCGAAAGAAGUUUUGGGAUUGGACAUUCAGAAAGGAGAACAUGAUUCGGUUGAAGACGCAAAAGUAUGCAUGCUCUUAUAUAGAUUACGACAAAAUGAAUGGGAGAAAUAUCUGAUAAAUGCCGAUGAAGAUGCUCUGAAAAAACUAAGUACAGGGAUUGUUUGUUAUAGUUGUGGUUCUGUCGACCAUAUCAAUAAAACGUGUUCCAAUAAAACCAAAUGUUUUGAAUGUGGCUCAUUGAAUCACCUGAAGAAGGAUUGCAAUCUGGCGAGAAGAAGAUUAGAAGUCAAAAGGUUUUAA